AUGGCUGUACUACGUUGGGGCGUGCUCGGCACGAGCUUUAUCUCCGAUCUCGUCGCCAAGGCCAUCCUCAGUAGCAAGAACUCGACUAUCUCCGCUGUCUUUGGCCGCAAUGAACAGCGUCUAGCAACUUUUGCAAACAAUCACAACAUCGCGGAGCGAUAUACCUCGAUGGAUGAGCUACUCGACAAGGCUCCAGUCGAUGUUGUGUACGUUGGCCUACCCAACCACAUGCACUCCUCGGCAGUGCUUGCAGCAACAAAGCGAGGAAAGGCAAUCCUCUCCGAAAAGUCCCUCGCAGCCACAAUGGAGGAUGCAAAGACAAUUGAGAAAGCUGUCAAAGAUGCGAAUGUCUUCUUCUUGGAGGGUUUGAUGUACCUGACACACCCCGUCAUGAAGAAGAUGCAACAGUUGCUUCUUGAGGACCGUAUUGGUACGGUUCGAAGUGUUGAGGGUCAUUACUCCAUGAAUGUCUCCAAGAUAGUCAACCCUUAUAACAUGGGAACCAUUUACAACCUUGGUUGCUAUCCGGUGUCGCUCCUCCAGUUCGUCAUAGAGACAGCCUUUGGAAAAGAUGCUUUUGCAGCCCGUCAAUCGCAUGGAGUCGGCAACGUUGUUGAUGAAAAGACCGUCCAUGUCCGAGACGCCGCUCUGACGGUGCGUUUCAACAACGGUGUUCUUGCGACUUUGCAAUCAAGCGACAGCCACGGUGGCGACAAUUCGUUUACCAUUCUUGGAGACAAGGGGAAAUUGAGCUUUGUUACAAACCCCUGGUUCCCUCUUCCAGGUGACAACAUCAUUGAGGUCAAGGAUUAUGAUGGUGAGGCAGAGAAGAUUGUUGUCCCGGGUGAGAUAGAUGUCUUUGGAUACCAGGUCAAGACUGUGGAGGAUUGUUUGAGCCGUGGUGUCAAAGAGGCGGAGCGUCCUUCUCCAAACAUUGAGAAGAGUGUUGAGAUUAUGGGAAUGCUGACGGAGUGGGAGAACAGCAUUCAAAGUCAGCACAAGUGA